AUGGAGGCUGCGAAUGGACUGCCGUCUGCCGAAGAGCUUAUGGAGCUGGUAAACAAACAAGAUUCUGUAAUAGAAUGUCUCCAGGAGAAGUUGGAUAUCAGUAACGAGCAGGUUCGACUAUUUCGAGAAGCAGAGGAGAAGAGGCGUCAUUCCGAAAACGAGUCGUCAGAGAUUGUUGUUGCUGCAGAACAGAGAAUCAGUUCAGCCAUGGCAGCGGUGCAGUCAUUAAAAACCCAAAACGAAAAGUUAGAGAAUGAGCUGGAGAAGUUGUCGAAAAUAACCGAACAAGAAAAACCGGUUCCGUCUGUGAUUCAGCUUCGCAACAGGGUUAAGGAGCUUGAAUUCAACUUGGUUCGUGAGCAGCGAGCCGCAGCUAAUUUACAGAAUGAGGUCGCUUUCCAAAAAAGGAGAGUGGACCAGUUACAAAGCGAACUGGAUGCGUGCCAUAAAAAGAGCGCGAGCGUUGCAUACUCACUCUCUUCAAAAUUAGACGAGAGUGUAAAGGAGUUAAUCGAGUUGAAGAUUAAGUACCAGUCUGGUUUGAAUGAACGAGACCAAAUCGCCUCUGAGCUGGGGGGAAAGGUUGAGGCAUCAAGAAGACCUCCGGAAGAAGAAGGAGAACAAGUUCAGCAACUUCUGAAAGACCAAUGCCAUCUAAUAGAUGCUCUACGAGAAGAAAGCAAGCUCUUGCUGUGUCAGUUGGAAUCUGAACGGAAGAAAUACAGAUAUGGCACCUAUCAGUAG